AAAUAAGGAAGCAAGCAGCCAGGCCAACGUUCUUUCACUAUAGAAAACCGACAUGACCAGCGCGGUAGAUGCAGUGCGCAACAACCGCACGAACAUCCUGAACCUCCUGGUUGCCGUCAAGGGAAGCGUCUCACAGAUCGAGCUCGAUGCUGCACUGUCCCUGGCAAUCAAAAACGGGUCGAAACAAUGUGUCGAAAUACUCCUAAGGGCCGGAGCAGGCGGGGAUGACUUGUUGAUAAACGGGUUACCAAUCCUGAUAUUAGCAGCCCAGCAUAACCAACUUGAGAUUUUGAAGUUAUUGUUGGUGACGGGAGUCAACAAGAUUGACGCCCGCAGUGACCACCGUGGCUCAGCACUCCAUUUCGCAGCUCUCGCUGGUGGGGAAGACUGUGUAGCUGAGCUUCUUGCCACAAAGGCAAACCCAAAUUUAAGAGACGGUGCUGGGAACACUCCUUUAAUUCUCUGUUCGAGGGAUGGAAAAAAUAACACGAUCCACAGGGUCACCAAGUUGCUGAUCAAGUAUCGUUGUGAUGUGAAUUUGGUGAAUGGAGAAGGCCGCAGUGCCCUUCAUUAUGCCGUCGAAAAGCUCCGCGGGGUGGAGUUACUGAUCAGUGAAGGAGCUGACGUCAAUAUUCGAGACUCUUAUGGCAACACGCCUUUAAUGUUAGCCGCAUCUGAGGGACUUUGUAACAUAAUACGGCGAUUAGUCCAAGGGAAAUGUAACGUGAAUUUUGCAAGUAAUGACGGUUUGUGUAAAAGUCCCAUGCACAUUCUCGCAAUGAAGGGACACGUCUGCUGCAUGGAGCAACUCUUCCAAAAUGGCGCCGAUGUCAAUAUCUUGGACCACGAUGGCCGAUCUCCUUUGCAUGACGCGAUCAACCGCAACAGAAAACGGGCGGCAAAAUUCCUCAUUCAAAGGAACUGCCAUUUAGAUGUACCAGUUAUCACAGCUUUAGAUUUAGGUUGUCCUGAAAUAGUUAAGAUGUUGCUGUUAGCAGGGUCAGAUCCAACAAAUGUGUUGAAAGCGAUGAACCAUCCCGGUGAAAAACCAAUCUUCUCGGAUUUCCCGGAACUCUAUGACUGGCUGAAAGAAGUGUUAUUGAAUCCUUUCCCGCUGAAGGAAUUAGCUAGACUUCGAAUCAGGAGAAUACUGGGAAGUUCGAUAUGUAAGAAUACACUUGUAGAUCAGUUGAAAAUGCCUAGGUUUCUUCAAGAUUGGUGUCUGAUGAACGAGUUGGACCAUUACGAUGAAAAUACAUAAGUUUUCAAUAAUAUCUAAAAUCCAAAUCAUUUGGUCUUUGAAAAGCUUUUAACUCUUCCUGUAUCAAGCAUGUAUCAAGUUGAUUAACCCAAAAUGAACCACCCAAAUCUCCAGCGAAUUGUGUCAAAUGUGCGUCACUUGAAGCGGACAAAUAUAUGGAUAUCUGUGGAAGUCGGCUGGGAUGUAAUUUUCUCUAACUUGUGAAAAGAAGGGGCAUAAUUCCAAAACCCGUAGGACAUGUGAUGUAUCCUUGCUUUGAGUACCUACCAUAAAAAUUUCAUCGAAAACAAGUCACUAAUAAGCGAGAUAUUGCAUUUUUUCUCCUUUUUUUAGUUUUGGCCCCUGGUGGCAAGUCGCGGAUCAGGUCAGACCGAAAUUCGGUGUCAGUUCGAAAAUCGUCAAAUCUGCUGAAAAGCACAAUGGCAUCAUAAGACCUUCAAACCACCCACAUAUGAAAAGCCUAGCAGGUAGGCUCCGGAAACCAAUUACGGUCAAUUCACGCUAUUUGGCCCCUGUGACCUUGAAAAGUAGGUCAAAUAAAAAUCCCGGAUA